AUGGAAGAUUCGGUGGACGAAGACAUUGCAAGAGCAAUCGCCCUAAGCUUGCAAGAGCUUCGAGCUGCAGCUGCGUCACGUAUGCCGUCAUCUAAACAGGUAGAAGUUAUUACCGUCAGCGACGACGAGGACGAACCAGAUAACGAAGAAGCACGCUUUCAGGCCGAACUGCAGCGCGCCAUCGAAGCAUCGAAACAAGACACCCCCCAGAGCUCCACUGCGGCUUCCGACGCACCCACUCGCAAUGGAUCCAGUACGUCGUUCCUUUCAGAUCGCGCACAGAUGGAGCGGGAGCGGCUCGCACGGCAAAAGCGCCUGCGGCCAGAGCUGUACGUCAGGGGUAGAAACGGAGACGCGGACAACGAUGAAGAUGAUGACGACGACGAUGAGGAAGAGAGAGCGCGGAGCAAGAAGAGGCAACACAUUUCCUCGUCCUCGUCCGGAAUGCGGAGAGCGAACCCCGCUGCUUCUUCCAGUGCCGCUUCAAGCUCUGCAACCACUUCGGGCGCGCAGGCGAAGGCGCUCGCUGCUGCUGAUGCGGCGGAAACGCCUUUAUUUUAUGACGGAGAAAUUAGGCAAACGGCAAAUAUGCACGUCGACCCGCUUAAGGACAAGCUUCCGACAUUCCGUUUGACAGAUAUCUUGGGGCCGAGAGAUGACAUUGAAUUCGCUAUUCUUUCCGCGUAUUGCGUUAACUGGCCUUGGCUGUAUUCCUUUUUCAAUCCGAAGACCCCCGUCAUAGUGGUGGCGCAUGAUCCUCAAGGAAAUGAGAGCCUCAAGGCUGUACUCCCAAAUUGGGUGAAGACGACACCAUUCUUGCGGAACGGCAUGGGCUGUAUGCACAUGAAGUUCAUGCUGCUAUUCUACAAAUGCCAUCGGCUACGUGUCGUUGUCUCCACGGCUAACCUGAUCGAGAUCGACUGGCGCGAUAUCGAGAAUACGAUAUGGUUGCAAGACAUCCCGCCUCGCCCAGCUCCGGUUGCACACGAUUCGAAGGCGGAGGACUUCCCGACCGCCAUGACCCGCGUUCUGCGAGCCGUCAACGUCGCUCCUGCGCUGAUCUCCCAGCUACGUAAUGGCCACCCGAACUUACCGUUGCAACGUCUUGAAGACCUGCGUGCCAAGUGGGACUUCUCAAAGGUUAAGGUGAAACUCAUACCGUCUAUGGCAGGCAGGCAUCAGGAGUGGCCGAAAGUCAUCCUCACUGGGCACCCCGCACUCAUGAAGGCCGUCGGGGAUAUCGGAGCGACGACGGACAAGGGCAAGGAUGUGACGCUUGAAUGUCAGGGUUCAUCCAUCGGAACGUAUAGCACACAGUGGAUGAAUGAGUUCUAUCACUCUGCCCGGGGGCAGUCUGCACAGGGCUGGUUGGACACGCCGAGGUCGCGCCGUACGAAGCUGCCGUAUCCGCCCGUCAAAAUCCUCUUCCCGACGGCGCUUACGGUGCGGGAGAGCGCACUCGGCGAGCCAGGUGGUGGGACAAUGUUCUGCCGGCGUCACCAGUGGGAGGCGGCAAAGUUUCCGCGUCAGCUGUUCCACCAGUCGAAGAGUAAGCGCGGCAAGGUGCUUAUGCAUUCCAAGAUGAUUUUAGCAACGAUUGGUACAUCGUCCAAGAGCUUCGAUGACAGAUCACUCACAGAGAGCGAUACGGAGGGCGACGAUGAUGCAGACACUGGGUCUACUCAGCGUGAGCUCUUCGGGUGGUUAUACGUGGGCUCGCACAACUUUACGCCUUCGGCAUGGGGGACGCUCUCUGGAUCCGCGUUCUCCCCGACAUUGAACAUCACGAAUUACGAGCUGGGAAUUGUCCUGCCGCUGCGGAGCGAGAAGGACGCGAACAAGUUGGCGUGCUGGGAACGUCCGCCGAAGAAGUACGUGCUCGGCAAGGACGAGCCUUGGAUACAGGCUGAAUCCACAGCCUUUGCUGAGACGGAAUGA